AUGACGAAUCACUUCGUACGGGAAAGCCACGGUCGCUCAAGAGACCAGAUAUGGCAGUGCAAAAACGAAAGCCGGUAUCUAGACUUCACACUUGAGUGCAGAGGGGAAAUAUUCCGUGUUCACAAGCUGGUUAUUCUUGGCCAAGUUCCUGUUCUACAAGACAAAUGCACAAAUUUGAAUGGGUCCAUCAAGACAGACACGAUCGACUUAUCCCAAUUUAUGACCGAUACCGUACAGAGACUGAUAGACUACCUCUACCUCGGCGAGUAUGCAGCAGAUCAGAUUCUCCCGGGCUCAAUAAAUCAACGACCGAACCUUCAAGCACACAUUGAAAUGUUUGCCGCUGGAUCCGAAUUGAAAAUCCCCAUCCUUCAAGAGUAUGCGACUUACGAGUACUCAAAGACAUUACUUACAUGCUCGUUUACUGAGUACGUCUACUCAAUUCGUCAAGUGUAUGCCACGAGUUCCAAAGAUAACCCUAGGCUACGACUUGUAGUGCUCGACUAUGCUUGGAUGAGCAUAGCAAAUUCUGGGACCUCAAUAGACAGAUUAGAAUGGGUAAAAAAUGUCUCCUCAGUCUGCCCAGAGUUUGUGGAUGACCUGAAGUUAGGCCUCAAGUUAUAUCAAACAAAGAAGUGGUAG